CCGCGAUCGACGCUGCAGCCAAUGUUGGAUGAAGUACUAGGAGAGGCCCACAGAUGUGAUGAGGUGGAGACGGCGAUCCACCUUCACACAGACGCGAGACACGUGAGUUGAUCAGUACAGCAUAUUUGACAGCUCACAUUCGACGUGCAAACGGCUGGGAAGGCGGUGCGGUUGAGGGUCGUUAUCGGUCGAUCAGAUAUAAAAUGUAGCCAGCGAUCUGCCGACCAGCAACAUUGUAAAGAUAAGCAGGCCGGCUGUCUCGGUGUUGUGUCAGUGAGCACACCUGCUUGUGAGCUCACGCCUCUUCAUUGGGGGGCCGAUGAGUGGUGCUGGGGGGGCUUUCCCUCCUAGGGCGGCGGCUGUGAUGUUUGACGAGGGGCGGGGAGGGGGACCUGACGGCCUCGGGGGAAGGAGGAUACCACACAAUGGCGUGAAAGGUGGUGCCGAUGCCCCGCUGGCUGGUGUGCGAGAGGGAGGGUGUGAUGGCUGGGAAGGGGGCAAUGCUGGCGGCGGCCGCAGCAGUGGGGCAGGGGAAGGAACCGGUGGAGCAGACCCACAGGGGCCUGGGGGGCCGUCGACAUUCUCACCUGAUUGACUGAUUCAUCAAAAGAAGCAAAAGAGUAUACAGACAGAUGUAAUUGAUGGUCUGAGAAUAUAUAUCUGUGUCUGUGUACCAGCGAGGCGCCUGCGGUGCAGUGAAGCCGCCUUGACCAUCUCCUUCUGAACAGACACAGACACACACAAACACCGAUCGUUUGAUCAAUGGACCGCACCGCAGCGGAUCGAUGCAUUAAUGAACGAAUGAAUCAUGUGUGUGGCUCUGUCAUGGCUGGCUGAUAGGCGGGCGUACCUUCUCCCUCGCCAACUUGGCUAUCAGGUUCUCGCGCCGCCGUAUUGUGUCCACCAGCUCGAUGAUCUGCUCUGCACACACACACGGUAGACAGACACACACACAUACAUCUCAUCCAAGGUGCUGUGCUGUGUUGUGUAAUGUUCUGUUGUUAAGACCUACCUUGUGAGUAGCAGUACUUGUCGAGGAGCCUGGUGACCUCAAGAUACAGCGUCCUCGAGUUGUACUUCGCGAGGCCUGCGCGGCACACAGCACAGCAGAUAUAUAUAUCAGUCAGAUCAAUGAAUGCAGUCAGUCCUUGUGUCUGUCAAGGAGCGAGGCUGGCUCACUCACUCCGAAUGAAUGAAUGAAUGGUUUGCUUACGGUUCUCUUGGACCUCCUUCCACAGGGUGCCCUCGUCGACGAGCUGGCUGUAGUUGAGCUCCAGCAGUGUGGGGGCCUCCUCAAUCGACUGGAAGAGGCUCCCUGGUGGCCUUGCCGGCGGCUCGCCAGCGCACCAGAUGGGCGGGCGGGACAAUGUCAUGGUGCGGCGCCGAAGGUCCUCACGCAGUCGCUGCCGACAACUUGACGGAAGUGAUGGGCACCUGACGGAAGUGCUCAGGCGCCUGCAACAAAUGCCGUACAUAAACACAACAUAACAAAACACAACACACGUCACGUAUGCAACGUGCAUCUCUUCGCCGCUCUCGCUGUGUGUUCGUUGGUGCUCACCAUGUACAGCAGGUCUCCGACCAUCGUCUGCGUGUCCGUCAGCACACUACCUACCGGCACGCAAAAGUCGAAAUCGAUGAGUACCACACUCCUGAUGCUCCCGCCUGCGGUGCAGUGCGGCCGCCUUGCCCAUCUCCCUCUGAACGGACACACACAUACAUAGGUUGAUCCACGCACACCGGAUCGAUGACUGAAUGAAUCAUGUGUAUGGCUCAUCGCUGAUACUAUUAGGCGUACCUUUUCCCUCGCCAGCUUGGCUAUCAGCUUCUCGCGCCGGUCUAUCGUCGCCACCAGCUCUUUGAUGUGUUCUGCACACACACACGGUCGACAGACAGGCGCUGUAUUGUGUUGUAUUGCUAAACCUACCUUUCAACCAGCAGUAGUCCUCGAGAAGAUGAGUCACCUCGAGAUACAGGGUCCUUGAGUUGUACUUGUCCAGUCCUGCACACAGCACACAGCAGACGUCAGAUGCAGUCAAUUGUCAAUUGGAUGCAGUCUUUGUGUCGAGUAGGCUGGCUCAGAAUGGUUUGCUCACGUUUCUCCUUGACCUCCCUCCAGACCGUCUUCUCCUUCAAGAGCUUCUGGUAGUCCAGCUCCCGCAGUCCAGGGGCCUCCUCAGGUGACUGAUAGAGGCUCCCGGGUGGCCUUGGCGGCGGUUCCCCAGCGCACCAGAUGGAAGGUUCAGUCAU